AUGGGCUCGACUCAAUUCGGCAAUUUCCACGACUUCUGUCGCGAUUCGACAUUACCGGUCUGCAAUCUUUUCACCAAUGAGACCGCUGCCGAUGCCUUCGGCGCGUGCGAUCUGGUCGGCAUUCAGCUGAGCGGAGACAGACACCUUCGGAACCUAGGGUCAAUUCUGCUCGCCUUUAUCGCAAUUGUCUUGACUGUGGGCAUGUUAUGGAGGUCGGAUAAGAAGCACGCCGCUGUCGGGCGCAGGGAAAUGCAAUUGUUCCUGCUCGGAUUUAUCAUCAUUGAGAUCUGCGAGAUCUUCACUGUGGGCGGUUUCCCGCUGAGCGACGCGGUUCGGAAGGGUUUUACUGCGGUGCACAUUGCGGCGAUCACUGCGACAUGUUGGGUUCUUCUAAUGAACGCGCUAGUCGGCUUCCAGCUUCUUGACGACGGUACACCAGCUUCAAUCGGUCUGAUUUGCGCAUCUGCUGCGGUUCUCUUCAUUGGUACUGGCUAUAUCGCCCUGGACACUGGAUUCGACUGGACUGGCCAUUUCCAAUCCAGUCAUGAUGCGCCCAAUCGCAAUAUCGCUCUCUACGUCCUAUAUCAGCUGUUCCCGCUAGUUUGCCUCGUGUUUUUCUAUGUUCUAGAGGCCGUCCUGGUGCUUCGGGUUCUGGGCGAGUUCCGACCAAUGUUGUAUCUUACCGGUGCUGCCUUGCUGUUUGCCGUUGGUCAAAUCUUCAACUAUGUGAUCAGUACCCAUCUUUGCCAGGCCUCGGAUGGCAAGAUCAAUGGCGCCCUAUUCGAGACCCUCUUCACCCUCCUUGCUGUCUCCGGAGUCUGGACCUUCUGGAGCAGUAUCACUGAAGACGACUGGCCCCUGCCCGUGGGAGGGGGUGGUUACAACUGA